AUGAACAUCCUCUCAACUUGGUUGCUUGCUACUCAACUUGUGGCCAUUUUCGCGAUUUGCAGCUUGGAAACUGAUGCAGCAACCCACCUACGCCAAGCGGUGCCGUCUUCAACGGGGCCAUCCCAGAGCACUGCUUCACCGGGGCCUUGUCCGCCUCUUGAUGGUAUUUUCGUCAAGAAGAGUGGACCGCCUAAGCUAUCUGGUAACUUCAACUUCACCUCCACCAAUUUUGACAUGAAUCUGAGCUAUGCUGGGACGCCAUACACGGUUGAGAAUAUUCCCUACACCAUGAUCGACGAGAUCGCGGCAGAGCAGGGAUGUUGGGUCCAUGUUGAUCUGUCUGUGAUCUAUAAGAUGCCAAAGAAAGUGCGGGAGGAUGUGGGAGUUGCACUAAUCUUCUUCUACAAAAACUUGCUGUACCUCCCCACAAAGUUCGGCGGCCCCAAGUCUUUAGCCCGAGCAACAUUCACCAGACAGGAGGCCUUGUAG